CGCAACAUUUUCCUUGAUUUUGUGCAACUUUGUGUUGGUUUCUCGGUUUGAUCCUUCAAUUCCAAAGAUGGAAAUGGAAAUUCACGCUCCCUGUAUUUCUGCACACACCUCCUUCUCCCGCCAAUUCCCACCCCACAAAACCCAAACACUCUGCCAAUUUCCACUCUCACAAAACCCUAACCAAAAGAAAAGCCAUGCCAUCCCUACCCUGCCCAUGCAAAAUCCACUGCCUAGAGCUCGAGAAUUUCAAGUCCUACAAGGGCUUCCAAACCAUCGGUCCUUUUUACGACUUCACCGCCAUUGUCGGCCCCAAUGGCUCCGGCAAAUCCAACCUCAUGGACGCCAUAAGCUUCGUCCUCGGCGAUCGCGCCGGCCAACUCCGCGGCGCUCAACUCAAAGACCUCAUCUACGCCUUCGACGACAAGGAGAAAGAGCAGAAAGGCCGCCGCGCCUCUGUUUGCUUGGUCUACCAGUUCGCUAACUCCUCCGAGCUCCAUUUCACUCGCACCAUCACCAGCUCCGGUGGUAGCGAGUACCGGAUUGACAGCACCACCGUCACUUUGGACGUCUACAAUGCCAAGCUUAGGGAUCUUGGAAUUCUCGUCAAGGCUCGCAAUUUCCUCGUCUUUCAGGGUGAUGUGGAGUCCAUUGCAUCCAAAAAUCCCAAAGAACUUACUGCACUUAUUGAGCAGAUAUCUGGGUCUGAUGAACUCAAGGGAGAGUAUGAGAAAUGUGAAGAAGAAAAAGCUGGGGCUGAAGAACAAUCAGCACUUGCUUAUCAGAAGAAAAGAACACUAGUGAUGGAGAGGAAGCAAAAGAAAGAACAAAAAGAAGCAGAGAAACAUCUACGCUUUCAAGAGCUAUUGGUGCACAUCACAAAUUUUCAUGUGUUGAUUGUAUACAUAGCUUUUGAUUUUCUUUUUAAAAUACUUGCAGAAAUAGGUUUCUAUUUUGACUAGGUUCCCACAAGUCAAAUCCUGAUUCUUCCAAGCUUGAGCAUGUAAUUUUUUUGGUGUGCCUUUUCUGGUGCAUUCUGAAGAAGCACUAA